CGCCGCGCUCCGGCCUCAGAGGACGUCGGGAUGACCCGCGCCGUGGACGUCGUCGCCGUCGUCGCCGCGGCCGCCUACUAACGCGCCACCCAGCUCGCUCGACGCUCGACGAUUAUGUGCCCCUAGACGCGCCCUCGCCGCUGCGGUCCACCGCCUCUCAGACGACGAGAUCCGCGCACAGCCGCGGCCGUCCGCGCCGCGCUCGCUUCGCCCCCGGCGACCGAUCCUUCUCUUUUAUUACGUGCGAGCCGGUCCUCGAUCCGGACCGACCCGGCCGAGCGCCGGCGUUCGCGCGGCCCGCGUAUCUGCGAGUCCAGGCCGCCAGGAUGGGCUCGAUAGUGCUCAAGUCGCUCUCGGUGCUCCUCGGCAUAUUCUUCGUCUUCGUCGGCACGAUGAAGCUCACGUCACACAUCAGCAAGGACCUGCACAAGGACCUGAGAAAGGAGUAUGUCAAGUACGCAAAAGUAUUCCCGCUCUCGGGAACGCUUGACUUCAAGGUGCCCAGCAAGUGGUACCGAAGAGUCGUAGGCUCGCUCGAGAUCAUCUGCGGCCUCGCCAUGGCGAUUAUUCCAAGUCACAAAGUUAAAAACUUAUCGAACACAGUGCUGCUUCUUUUGAUGCUGAUGGCCGUGUAUUCUCACUACAUGGUCAACGACAAAUUCGAGAGGAUCGCCCCGGCACUGGUAUUCUUCUUUAUGCUCACGGGGCGACUGGUGAUCGACUGGCAGCUCAGGCGAGAAGAUGCGCAAUCGGUGACGGCGAACGGUGUCGACGAUAAAUCUAAGAAGCAAGACUGAGCGGGAUUACGGUUGGAAAACGCGUCGUCUGUUUUCACUUUAAACCACUUGAUUCCGCGAUUUUAUUUCUCGACCACUGAUUCUGAGGAAGAUUAGUUUAUUUAUUUCACAUAUAAGACUUUCUCUCUCUCGUUCUCAUUCUUCCGAAAAUGAAACUUUUAUGUCGAGGCACUGUUAUUCAAUAUAUCUUUCUGGGUUCUUUUUGAAUGUAAAGAUUCGACACGCAAUAAAAAAACUAUGUAAUAUGUAGAAAGAAAGAAGACGGUGAUUUGGGAUUCUCUAGAUUAAAUUUGUAAAAAAUCUAUAUCCCCGAAACUGGAAGUUAGAUAAGGAACGUAUAAUUUACACUGAUCUUUUAGGCCCCUGGGUGCUCGCUGCGGCUAUGUUGGUUCGUGACGUCAGAGGCGAGAAAUGACACGCUGAGAAUUCUUGCGUGACAUUUUUCAAUAAAAAGACAUUUGGAAACAACACGUCAGAGAUCGCUGUUCGAAAAAAUUUUCCUUGCAAUAAUCAAUAAAGAGCUGUAAUACGCGCGAUACGAAGCCUACUUAUACGAUGCACUUAUAAAAUAUGAUUGAAUUUCGUAUCGCGUUUAUUUUACGAAUGUUUGUUAAUUGUCAAAGGAAAGGUUUUCGGAUAAUUUUAUAAGCGUGCUUAAGCGAGCUAAAGCGUUUUUCUUCUAAACAACUUUUUAUUUAAAACUGUCACGCAAGAAUUCUCCACGUGCCAUUUCUAAGUCUCCGACGUCGCGUUUUCCAGCGUGGUCGCGGCGAGUUCAGGAGCCUUAGCGUGAUUAUCGAGAUGAAUUUUGGUUGCACUCUACGUGUUACUCUGCGCCCUAUAUCGCAAUAUAGUUUGCAGAAUAAAAAGCAAGCGUGUGUCGUCACGACCAAUAAGAUUUACAGAAUUAGUGCAAGUUCUCUAAAGUCUUACGACGGGAUAUUUUUAUCGCCGAUGCGGAUUAUUGGAUGAAUAGAAUUUCUAACGAUUGAAAAUCGACGAUGUACAAUUUGAUUUUGAAUACCGAUAGCAAUUGUCCGAUGAUUAUGGUCGGUAAAUGUUAAGAGUCCUCACAUUAAUGAUAGUGGUUCAUCCUGCGAUAUCGGUCCAUCAAGACACCAUUGAAUCAAUGUCGAUUGUCGCUCUCUCUCUGGCAAUGAUUAAAGAAAUUAUCUCUUUAUAUUACAGUUAAGCCGAUGAGAUGCAAAAGGAGUCAAGAGAUCGCUGACAAAGAAUUAACUGCAUACUAUAUCAGUGAAAUUAAUUUAAAAAUAAGUCAAUUUGGUCGAUUUAUUCUAGUUGAUAGUCCUUACCACUUUUAGUUCUUUUUAAAGCCAUAACAGGACUAUCACACGUGACAGCUAAAUAAUAUGAAACAUUAUACAGUUACAAUAUAAGCAGCUAUAUAAUAUAAAUAAUAUAUGUAUAGGAAAUUAUAAUAUAAUUAGCUAAAUUAGAGAUACUCUUAUUAAGCAGCUACAAUAAGUGUAUAAUAUAUGAAGAACUAUGAUCUAAUCAUAGGAGGCUAUGAUAUAAGCUAGCUGUAAUACAGAGAAAGAAAUUUAAUCUGCUAUGCGUAACACUAAUCGACAUUGAUGCAAUAGUCAGAUAACCAAUCGUCAGUGACACUAGCUUAAGCACGAGGUACUAACUGCCACUUGAAUGAAUGUGCUCUUAUAUGUACCGUGCGAACGUGCGUGUAUGGAACAUGUAGAAAAUCUUUCUUAGUAAUUGAAACAUAUGUGCGCACUAGCUUUAAUUUAUUUCUUAAAAUCUCUACGUGCGAAUAACGAGUGUGAUCAGACAAUUUGAUAAAUAAACCAAAAUUGAAACUC